CAAUAAUGCAACUUCAACUCCACCUCAGCCUGCGUCAAUCCACAAGUUUUGCUGCUUCCCGCUGGACCGCCACCACCGUCUCGCGCUUCAGUCCCAGCGUCACUCUCAGCCAGCAACCCGUUCGCUUCGAGAGUCGCCGAUAUCGAAAAUCCCUCGCCCAGAACCAAGAAUGGACAAUCACGACAGAGGACCUGCACGGGGAUCCGAGGACCCUCGCGAAGCUCGUAAAAAAAGGAAUCUGGGCCGUUCGGAGUGGAGUCGGCAAACGAUAGACAAACGCGCCCGCAACGAGGAGGAACAGGAGGCCAAGCGCCAGAAGCUUGAGAAUGGCGAGGAAGUCCAGGCGCCCGUCUAUGCGACGCAGUUCUCUCAGGAGGAUAUCGAGAAUGAGCAACGUCGGCCGAAGAAGAAGGUUGCGGUGUUGAUGGGGUAUUCUGGUACGGGUUACAAGGGCAUGCAAUUGAGCACCACCGAAAAGACCAUUGAGGGUGAACUGUUCACGGCUCUGGUCGCCGCUGGCGCCAUCUCCAAGGCCAACGCCACGGAUCCGAAGAAGUCGUCGCUGGUUCGAUGCGCGCGGACCGACAAGGGCGUGCACGCCGCGGGGAACAUCGUUUCGCUGAAGCUGAUCGUCGAGGACCCGGACAUCGUCCAGAAGAUCAACGAGAAGCUGAGUUCGCAGAUCCGCGUCUGGGACAUCCUCGUCACCAACAAGUCGUUCAGCAGCUACCAGCUAUGCGACUCGCGCAUCUACGAGUACCUCAUUCCCACGCACUGCUUUCUGCCGCCCCACCCCGGCACCUUCCUGGGCAAGCAGCUGGUCGAGUUCGCCGAGAAAGAAGGCGACAUGGACGGCUACCGCGCGCGCCAGGAAGAAGUCGCCGGGUUCUGGGAAGAGACAGACGAGAACAUCAUCCGGCCGAUCCUCGAAAACACCCCGGAGGAUAUCCGCAAGCUCGUCGAGCAAGCCCUGCACAUGAACGACGAGGACGACCAACAGAUCCCCGACGUCGUCGCCCCUGAGACCGACCAGCCCACUCACGCCGACGACGACACCACUACCACCACCGCACAACAAAACCCCGACCCCGCCACCGCCGCCGCCGACGAAACCCAGCGGCAACAAAUCAUCGCAACUGUCAAAACCAUCAAAGCCGCCUACCUCAAAGCCAAGCGGGCCUACCGGAUCUCGCCCACGCGGCUCGCACGCGUCCAGGACGCGCUGAGCCAAUACGUCGGCACGAACAACUUUUGGAACUACACCAUCCAGAAGACGCACAAGGACCCCUCGUCCAAGCGACACAUCAAAUCGUUCAAUGUCUCGGCCUCAUCCCCGCUCCUUAUCAACGGCACCGAGUGGCUCAGCCUCAAGGUCCACGGCCAGAGCUUCAUGAUGCACCAGAUCCGCAAGAUGGUCGCCAUGGCCGCCAUGUGCGUGCGCGCCGGCUGCGACCCGGCCACGCUGAUCCCGCAGUCCUACGGCCCCACCAAGAUCGCCAUCCCCAAGGCCCCCGGUCUGGGUUUGCUGCUCGAACGGCCCGUGUUUGACGUGUACAACAAGAAGGCGGUCGAGGGCGGUAAGCAGCCCAUCAACUUUGACAACUACAAGGCCACCAUCGACGAGUUCAAGCAGCGCGAGAUCUAUGAUCGCAUCUUCAGGGAGGAGGAGGAGACAAAUGCGUUCUCCGCCUUCUUCGGCCAUUUAGAUCACUAUUCCUCCAAGGAAUUCCUCUACAUUACCUCCGGCGGCAUCUCGGCGGCCGAGAUAACUUCUGUCCCCGUCGCGGCGGAGGCGAACGCCCUGAAAGCGGCGCAGAAGGAUGCCUUGGCGCAGAUUGAGGAUGAGUCGGAGGAUGAGGGCGCUGAGACGAAGGCGAACAUCGACCAGAGUGGUUGAUUUGGGUUCUGAUCGAGGAGAAUGCCAAAGGAAUUCGGUGCUAGGGAAUGAGGUAGAUGGUUGUAUAGAAGGGGUGGGGAACAGGACUUCAGGAAAAUGAACAAGAGAUUUUGCCAGACAUUAUCUAGU